AAAAAAAAAAAAAAAAAGGCGAUCAGGUUCGGUGAGUGAUCGGAUGUGUCACACUAACAAAUUAGUUUAGUGCUUUGACUCCCGGCCAACUUCUAGUCUACGGAGUAUGUACCACGGGAAGUCCUCACUUCUUGAUCUCAAUAACCUAGAGGGAUAGGGAUACCAAAGAAGGAAAAACCUCCUCUUAGUCGGUAAGUAGUCACGUUGGCGGUGAGGUCAGGGGCUGCCAGGGACAUGGAUUAGCUAGCUUUCAGGCUAUUCCAGAAUAGGUUUAGGAGCACGCACCCAUCGGAACCAGAGGCAGAAUUAUUAUCGUGAAGUCUCGGAGAGCCCGGCGAGUUGAUCAACUUUUUCGGCACCAGCGAUAGAAACCCAUAAUGGCUCCUGUUAGAUCAACCAAGAAGCAGUCCGCUGCGAAAAUGCCGGCUUCAGGGAAAGGCGCUCUUCCCUCGACAAAAUCUAGUCUUUUCAAUGAUGAUUUUCGGACAUCUAAGAAAGACAAGCGUCAGAUUAAACAUGCUGCUUUAAUGUCCAAAAUAGAGAAGAACUCUCAAAAGACUACCAAACGUCGACGGGCGUCAAAGAAACUCGUUGCAAACCUUGAAUCGCUUGCCGAUGCCCUUCCAGAAACCCAGGAUGAAAUGAAUGAUCCCAGCAGUCAGGUGAAUGUCAUUAAACAGAAAACGCUGAAGCAUAAACCUGGCGCUAUGAAGCGUAGGCAGCGACUGGAACAAACAGAAAGGGAUCGCUUUGCAAAGAACAUGGCACAGAUGUCGACAAUCGAGGCGACUACUACACCAAAUACAGCAUCGGACAACCAGGCAGGCUCUGUGUCGAACCGUUGGGCCGCACUGCGCAGUUUUAUCUCGCAAACGAUGGAGCAGCAACCCGUGUUCAAGGCAACGAAGUGAAAGUCCCGGCCUCUAAGUAGUUCACUUACCCCCUCUUUGAGGAACUAAGCUCAUAUGUCUCGACAACAAGCCCUCCUUGCCUACGUCAAACCUACCGCCAGUAUUGCUAGCAGCGACUGUACGUGGCAAGUAAUAGUGAUCUAACCGCUAAGACGCUAUGUUGAAUACGGCCCAGGAGUGUGUCACCUAAAUAUCGCUCCUCUUCUGUUUGUGGCGUUGGAAGCCUUCAAAAAGAGACCAUACUCGAUUUACUAGGCCAGGCUUAGACUCUUAUACCAGUUGCCAAGUUUAAGAAGUACGAUGGGAGCAAAGACUGGAUACCAGGUCUACACCGCAGAAUGUCGAUAUUCUUACUUCCAGAUGACCUAAGACUUUGCAGUCUUUGCGGCUUCGUGGAAGUUUAAUGUGGUACACCGCUAGCAAACCCCCAUUUAGAUGCCAAAUAAUGAAUGAGAUACUUAAUAUAAGUUAUC